GUGAACGCCCAAAUCCCCUGAGAACCCUCUCCCCGCUCUGCUCCGCUGCCUCUUUCACCUCGCCCAAACUUUCUCUCUUCGCUGUACUACUACUAGUUCCCACCCAACUUCAGUGUGGGGGUGCCCAAAUCACGGUGCUCCAUCAGGCUACACAAUGGCGCUGACCGAUUGGAUAGAACUGAGUGAUGAUGCAGAGAUUAUUGAAUUGAGCAGUAGCGAGGAGAAUGUCGAAGAAUAUCAGGGAGCUUCCACACAGAGCAACUCAGCUCAGCACCAAGCUACAUUGCAUGAUGAUCAGACCAUGUUUGUCACAGAAGGUGAACGAAGGGAAGAGGCUACCGAAUCUGGAAAUGCAGAGGAAGCUACUGCAUCCUCCUCCGUUACUGAAAAAGAGUCUGGAAAUCCAGAGGAAGCUACUGUAUCAGAGACUUGUCCUCACACUCCAACAGCCGUUGUUACUCUAAAAGAGUCCAGAAAUCCAGAUGAAGCUACUGUAUCACAAACUUGUCCUCACACUACAACAGCUGUGACGUUCCCCGGACCUGAUCCCCUCUCUCCGAAGGCUCUGACUUUUCAAGCCUGUGUCGCCAAGCCGCGGAGAGCGAAGGCGAAACGUCGCAGGAAGCUCUUCCACGCCGAUACACCUUGGACUUGGAGGAGCCCUAGGCUUGAAGACAAGCAUAAAGGUCGUAGAAGGCCCGUGGAAGAGCUGGCAGUUGAGCGCAAGGCUUCUGCCAUGCCGGAAGAAGAAGAACAGAAGAACACCUCGGCUAGGAGCCGGAGGAAAUGCAAGGUGUUCGGCAAACGGUGUAACCUCGGCAGAUAGUCUCCACUGAUCCCGCAAAACUAAGGUAGUCGACUGAAGAUGAAAGAUGAUCGUCUCGAAACUGUCUGGAUUUUGGCGGUCCAGUUUGCCUCUCCUGUGACGCGGGAAGAAUCACUAGUGUUGGUGGGGUUUGGUGGGGUCGUGUUGCCCUUGUUGCGCUGUCCAUAUGAGGGCGCUUGCGUUGGACCACUUGGGCACACUCGAAGUUAUGGAACUACUAUGUGGCUUACUGGACGCAGCUCUUAUCGUGCAGUGAAGAAAAUAUGUACGUGCUCUUAUCGUGCAGUAAAGAGAUG